AUGGGACGGCAAGACGAGCAGCAGACGGACGGGACUGAGACAAACAUGACGAUGGACAGCAAGAUGGCGGACAGGCGGCCCAAACCUGUAGACAGCGCCAGUCACAGCGACAGCGAGAGCGACGACGGCAGCAUCGCCGACGGACCAGACAUGCCGCUCGUCAGGACGCAGACGAGAGAGACAGAGAGAGACAGAGAGAACGCUCGCAAGGAGGUUGUCCGCCUGGUCGCCUUUGUCUCCAGCGUCCUCAACGCACUAUCCGCUGGAGGAAUAGCUGCAUUCUCCCUCUAUGGCCCGCUGCUGCUCACCCGUCUGCACUACACCCAGUUCCGGGUCAACGUCAUCGCCGUUACGGCGGAGAUGCUCACCUACCUGAGCGCCCCGUUGUUCGGCUUCCUCUGCGACAGAGUCCGGCCCUCGCUCGUCUCCUUCAUCUCCGCCGUCCUCUUCGGCGCUGGAUACCUGCUCGCAGCCUUUACCUACCGCUCGGGGCCCCCAGCCAGCCUGCUCGUCGGCCUGCUUGAGAAUGACGGGCCCCCGAGGCCACACGGCUGGCCGUUCGGCGUCAUGGUCAUCGCCUAUGCCAUCAUCGGCGCAGCCACAGCUUGCAUGUACUUCUCUGCCGUCACCACAAGUGCAAAGAACUACGCCUCCAGCAAGCACAAGGGCAUCAUGCUGGCUGUCCCCAUAGCUGCGUACGGGCUCAGUGGCAUCUGGUACAGCUUCCUGGCCAAGUUCUUCGUCUACCGCGGUGCAGAUUCCACCGCCUACAGCGACGGGUCAGGAGUAGACCUUAUCCACGGAGACGUUGAUGUCUUCCGCUUCUUCGUCUUUCUCGCCAUCGUCACCUUUACCGUCGGAGUUAUAGGCGGAUUUGCACUGAACGUGGUUGACGAAGAGAAGCUUAUCGAGGUCGGUGUCGAGGAGCUCGAGCGGAGUGGACUGCUGGUUGAUACGGACGGGCAGUAUGGGACUUUCCGUGCUGGCCAUGGCCACGAGGAUACCCGUACCGAUGCUCAAGAUCAUCAUACCCAUCCGGACGACAAGCUGAAGAAGACAUGGCUGCUGAACCAGGAGACCAAGCUCUUCCUCCACGACAGGACCAUGUGGCUGCUCUCCAUCGGCUUCAUCCUCAUCUCCGGCCCGGGAGAGGCAUACAUGAACAACGUCGGCACUCUUACCAGCACCCUGUCACCCCCCUCAGCCCAAGACAAACCAGGCACUCCCUUACCCGCAGGAGAGCCCUCAACCCACGUAGCUCUAAUGGCACUAACCUCUACCCUCGCCCGUCUCAUCACAGGCUCUCUAUCAGACUACUUCGCUCCCAGACCAGCAUCAACUACUUCGGACCGACGAACAUUCUCCCGUCUCUUCUUCCUCAUCCCCUGCGCCCUCCUGGUCUCUCUAGGCUACUUGGUUCUCUCCUCUCCCAUCCCACUCUCUUUCCCUUCUAUCCUGCACUUAACAACCACCCUCGUUGGCUUUGGCUACGGCGCCUGUUUCUCCCUUGUCCCCAUCAUCAUCUCGGUUGUCUGGGGCGUGGAAAACUUCGGCACCAAUUGGGCUAUUGUGUCCAUGAUUCAGGCCCCCGGCGCUGGUCUGUCGGGAGCCGUCUACUCUGCCGAGUAUGAUGCUAAUGUCUCCGACAACGGACAGUGCUUUGGCUGGAAGUGCUAUGGAUUUUGGGCCGUGGGCAGCGUCAUUGGUGUUUUGAUUGCUGCCAGCAUGUGGAUGGUUGCUUGGAGAGGGUGGAAGAGACGAAGCAUUCCGGUUUAA